AGUAAAAGUGCUCAAUCGGUUCUCGAGGGUUGGGUCUUUUUGUUUAGUGGAGGAGGAUUGAAACCGUUCAAUAAAAUUCCCUAGUUCCUUAACCGUUUUUUAUCUGAAUUAAUUUCGGGUGUCUUUUAUGAAUAAUCAAAAGCAGCAAAAGCCAACGCUAACCGGCCAGCGUUUCAAAACGAGGAAAAGAGAUGAAAAGGAGAGAUUUGACCCUACUCAGUUUCAAGAAAGUAUCGUACAAGGCUUGAAUCAAACUGGCACUGAUUUGGAAGCUGUCGCAAAAUUCCUUGAUGCUUCUGGAGCUAAACUUGACUACCGCCGGUAUGCUGAGACCCUGUUUGACAUCCUGGUGGCUGGCGGAAUGCUGGCCCCAGGUGGAACUCUGUCUGAUGACAUGACCCGCACAGAGUUCUGCCUUUUCACGGCACAAGAGGACCUUGAGACAAUGCAAGCAUAUGCUCAGGUUUUUAACAAGCUGAUCAGGCGUUACAAGUACCUGGAGAAAGGGUUCGAAGAGGAGAUCAAGAAGUUGCUGCUGUUUUUGAAAGGUUUCACUGAGUCGGAACGCAACAAGCUUGCCAUGCUGGCUGGCAUCCUUUUGGCCAAUGGGAACAUAUCGGCUUCCAUCUUGAACAGUCUCUACAAUGAGAAUCUUGUCAAAGAGGGUGUAUCUGCAGCCUUUGCUGUGAAACUGUUCAAGUCCUGGAUUCAUGAAAAGGACAUCAACUCUGUUGCUGGCAGUCUCCGCAAAGUGGGCAUGGAUAACAGGCUGAUGGAACUCUUCCCGGCCAACAAAAGAAGCUGCGAACAUUUUUCAAAGUAUUUCACUGAUGAAGGGUUGAAGGAGCUGGCUGAUUUUGCCCGGAACCAGCAGUCUAUCGGGGCCCGUAAGGAGCUGCAAAAAGAGCUCCAGGAGCUGAUGUCACGAGGGGAACCGCUUAAAGACAUCAUUGCGUAUGUCAAAGAUGAGAUGAAGAAGACCAACAUCUCUGAGCAAACCAUGAUUGGCAUCAUCUGGACCAGCGUGAUGAGCUGUGUGGAGUGGAACAAGAAGGAAGAACUGGUCACAGAACAAGCCAUCAAACACUUGAAGCAAUACAGCCCCCUCCUGAAGACCUUCACCUCCCAGGGCCUGUCUGAGAUCACCCUGAUGCUCAAGAUCCAGGAGUACUGCUAUGACAACAUCCACUUCAUGAAAGCCUUCCAGAAGAUCGUGGUCCUCCUCUACAAAGCCGACGUCUUGAGUGAAGAGGCCAUUUUGAAGUGGUACACGGAGGCCCACGUGGCUAAAGGGAAAAGCGUGUUCCUGGAGCAGAUGAAGAAGUUUGUGGAGUGGCUGAAGAACGCAGAGGAAGAGUCCGAGUCUGACGAGGAGGAAGCAGACUAGAGCUCUGCAGCCCCAGACGUCCAUCUUAAACCACCAAGUAGCAGCCAGAGCCGUACAAGUCUUUUGUCAAGUGUUCGUCUCUCCCCCCCCCCCAUUCUACCUCUUUUUUUUUGCCCCCUCAACAAUUUGGAUGUAUAUGAAGGGCUGUAGUGAACAAAUGACUUCUUAUCUACUUUUGUCUAAAGGUCGUACACUAGCAGUGCACCAAUUGUGAAAUAAGCCUCAAUCAUUAAUUGUCAGCCUGUACGUAAAGCAGACAAACCCCUUGGUAUCGAGUGCAAUUAUGCCGCCUUUAUUUAAAAUUCGCAUUCCAUGUGAGAUUCUCUUUGCUGUUGACAGUUUUUCUUCCGUUAUGUAAAGAUAAAAGAUCAUCCUAUUGGAGUAUGCCUUUUUGCUAUGUGACUGUAAGGCAAGCUAAGAUGAUAAUUGCCUUUUUGCCAAAGGAAUUUGCUCCACUCAAGCUCCAGCCAGAAAUCACUCUUUGCCCUCUGGAUCAGUCUGAAGCAAAGUAGGGUGAUCAGAGGAUGCUGUGCAGUGUCCCCCUAUUAGACCCUCCCCGUCCCAGUUGACUCUUAAAGAAACCUUGCCAGCUCAUUUGAUUCAAAUUUGUUUCUUUAACAUGGUGAAACAAUGGACUUUUUUUACGGAAUAAAGAUUAUCAAAGUUA